AUGGAGUCAAUCGAGUCCACUGUUCCGCCAGGUUUUCGCUUUCAUCCGACUGAUGAAGAACUCGUUGGUUAUUACCUUAGAAAGAAAGUUGCCUCGCAAAAGAUCGAUCUCGAUGUCAUCAGAGACAUUGAUCUCUACCGAAUCGAACCAUGGGAUCUGCAAGAUAGGUGCCGGAUCGGGUAUGAGGAGCAGAACGAGUGGUACUUCUUCAGCCACAAAGACAAGAAGUAUCCGACGGGGACAAGGACCAACAGGGCUACCAUGGCCGGGUUUUGGAAGGCGACGGGCCGGGACAAAUCGGUUUACGAUAAGUCCAAGCUGAUCGGAAUGAGGAAAACUCUUGUUUUCUACAAAGGGAGGGCUCCAAACGGCCAGAAAACUGACUGGAUCAUGCACGAAUACCGACUUGAAUCCGACGAAAAUGGACCACCACAGGAAGAAGGAUGGGUGGUAUGCCGAGCAUUCAAGAAAAGAACCAGUACCCAAAACAAAAGCAUGGAAGGCUGGGACUCGAGCUAUUUCUAUGACGAACUUCAUGGUGUCAGCUCCAUCGUGGAUCCAACCGAUUUCAUCUCGAGGCAGCCUCAAAGGGCGGCGCAAAGCUUCUUAGCUGCCCAGAGUUUCUUGUGUAAGCAGGAGAUCACAGCUGAAGCUGACAAUUUCAACAGCACUUUUAUGCCUUCUGAUCAUUUUGUUCAACUCCCUCAGCUAGAGAGCCCAUCUCUUCCCUUAAUAAAGAAGCCGAGCUCAUCAAUGUCACUGAUAUCUUCGUCGGAGAAUAAUGUCGAAGAAGAGGUGGAGUGGAUUAACAAUAAUAGAGGGUGCAGCAGUAACAGUAAUAAUGCCAAGAAAGCAGCUGCCGUGACUGACUGGAGGGACCUGGACAAGUUUGUAGCUUCUCAGUUGAGUCAUGAAGAUAAGUUUAAUGAGUUAGGUGAUCAUGGAGAGUAUUCAAGCUUUGGUGUUCAUGAUCACGAUGAUUCGGAUAUGGCGGCAUUGUUGUUGUUGCAGAGGGAUGACGGGAACAAGUUGAAUGGGUUUUUAAGUUCCGGCUCGGAUUGUGAUCUCGGAAUAUGCAUAUUUGAAAAAUGAAAUAAGAGUGGGCGAUGGGAGGUAAUUAAUUAUUCUCUGCAUAAUCGGUAGGUAUUAUAUAUAAAUGUUAUAUAUAUGAGGGUUGAUUAAACACCGAUCCUAAGACAUAUUUUGUAAAAAUAUGAUUGUGAGUGUAUACAUCUCUCUACCUCCCAUUUUGAAGGGCUAACUCACACAAAUU